GGUAUGUGUUAAAACAGGUACAAUACAUCUCUCUGAAGACAGAUUCUGAUACCACUCAGCUCCCCGACUGGCCAGAGAGUUCUGCUUCUGUCAGUUCUGAUGCAACUAGAUCAGCCCCCAGACUGGCCAGGGAGUCCAGUGUUUCGAAAAUGAGUGCAAUAUCACCCCGUGUUCUGAAACUGAUGACGGCAUGUGUGGUGGGAGUGGUCCUUGUCUUUUUGAUCAACAACUGGUACAAAUCAACAAAUGUUGUGAUACAAAAUAAUUCUUUAUCAAAUCAACAGUAUCAGGUACAACCCUCAAACGGACGAUCGCCUUCAGUAGACAACAAAAAACAAAUCCUUACUCAAAAUAUUCCCUCAAGUAACUAUGGACUAAAGAGGAAGUCGACGAAAUGCGGGGAAACUGACGACGAUUUCAAGCAGUGGGGAAUCGAAUCCGUUAAAUCGUCAGUUGAUAAAGUAUCGGCGAAAUUUAAAAGCAAUGACGCCUCUUGUGAACGUAAGAAUUUUCCAAAACCAAACCCGCAGUUGACAGCGGAAGAAACUCAGAGGAAGCUAGAGUGCAUUAAAAACUGGAAUAGGGACUACAAGAAAGGAAGCGGGGCAUUUUGGAUGGGGAAUACUCAAUAUGUCCGUCACACUCACCACACGUAUCUAAAUGACAAGAGCACUGUUUUUGAUAUCGGUGGAAACAAGGGAGAAGAUGCGGAAGCCAUGAUAAAAAGAUUUCAUCCCGGAAAUUACAUAAUAUUGGAACCGAUUAAGACUUUGUACUCCAAUCUUGUUAACAUGUUUAAGAGUAACAACAAAGUGACUGUGUAUAAUUUUGGUCUGGCAAGGAAAUAUGAUAAGUUCUAUGUUAAUGUUGUGGGACAUGGAGGGGACGCAACUUCCGUUUUUGCUGGCAAUGAUAAUGGCGGAAAUUGUUUACUUCGCGUCGUAAACACCACAGACUUUCUUUUGCAAGUUGGGGUACCAUGUUACGAAGUCGAUCUGAUCACCGUGAAUUGUGAAGGAUGCGAGUUCGAAAUAAUGGAGGAACUCGUAGGUAAUGGCAUGAUCGGUCAAUUUAGAAACGUGCAGUUUGCGACCCAUCCAACGCUGGCACACCUCAAAAAACCCGUAGAGAGAUACUGUGAAAUUCAGGAAAAAUUAAAGAGGACUCAUAAAGUUACAUAUCAAUACAAAUGGUGCUGGGAAAGUUGGAGAAGAAAAGACCUUGCGUAAUUUCACACAUUUUGUCACGCUUAAAGGGAUAGAAAUUGUCAUUUUCUUCAUUUAAAAAAAAUGUAAAGAAUAAGUUUCAGCAUUUAUUUCCAAGUUUAAAACAACUAUAAUCUUCAAAUUACUUCCCCUGAUUUUUGCUUCUUGGACAAAUAUAUGUUGGUUCCUAUUGUAACUUGACGAACAUGCAAUCAUUGCCAUCUUGAAAUUACAGCGAUUUUGUUCGUUUGAUAUCUGUAUCAAAGAAAACCCACAAGUCGCAUUCCAUUGUUCCCACUACACAACCAGUGUUCGACGUACAUGUAUUCUCCAACACAAUGCAACAUACAUCGAGUCAUCGCUCAUUCCUCUUCCUUCAUAUCUAAUUUAUCUUUUAACCAUUGCACCUUUAAUUUGGCGUCCAAUCCAUUUCAUUUUGCUCAGUAACUCUGCCUGACCUGAACGCACAGCCAAUUUGAAAUUGAGUGUGUUGUUUCCAUUAUUACUUCUAUAUGUAUUCCUACGCGCCGUUGAAAAACGUUAACUAAAGCUAUUUGAUGAGAAAAACUAUUUGUUUUACUAUUUUUAAACAUGAUUAAAUGAUAAGAAAUGAAUCUUAUAAUUCUUUUCUUGAUGGCGGCAUCAUGGGGGAAAAUCGGAUGGAAAUUGUUAAAGUCAAUGCGCGUUUUUCGUCCUAUUUUCCCAAUGAUACGGCCAUUAAGAAAAGAAUGAUACGAUUCAAUUUCUUAAAAUCAUUUCCAAGUUGAUAAUUAUCAUUCAUUUAUAUCAUUCAAUUAUCUGUUUUUCAUUAUAUGAAAAAGGAAAUAUAAUGAUUUGAGCUGGGGAAAAUCACGAAAAUGGGCUAUACUAUCUCUAGAGUGUAACCAAAUGACAUCCGUCCGUUAUUGCUCAUUUUCUACAACUAGGCUGACUAAAAUUGUAAAACGAGUUUCACUCGUUUUAUCAAUCAAUACUCGGAAAAAUAUAGUGGAAGUACACUCUAACAGUGGCAGUUCUGACCAAGUUUCCAGAUUCACAGAACUAUAACUUCUAGUUGUAGUGUUUUGUAUGCUAUAAUUAGAUACACGUGCACGUGUGUAUUGGCAAUUGGACGUUUCUAUUGGUCUUGGAUAUUACCUACCAGAUGUAUGUGAAGAUGUUUUUGAAAAAAAUAAAUAGUCAUGUUUAAUUUA